GUGUGUGUGUGUGUGUGUGUGUAUGUGUGUGAGUGAGAGAGACAGGUUGCUGUUUGUUGUGAGCCCGCUCAAGACUCUCAAACCACUUACCAAACAGUGGUUGCAUAACUGAGAUGUUCAAGAGGCGUUAUGGUUAACGUUCUGCAGCGGACGGAAGCUGAUCUCAGUGUCAUUUUGGUGAAGAGCUCUCUGUAAGAUGUUGUUUGUGACCUGCUGCUAGCUCCGUGGGUCAACAGCUGUCAGAGGGACGGGUUGUACCCUUUAGUCCAUCUGUGGCUGCGUGGGUCCUCCAAUGGCGGGCCGGCUCCUCAAAGUCUCCUCUCUGGCCACAGCAGUGUUCGCCUCCUCAGGGUUCUACCUCUACAACAGGCAGCUGGAGCUCAGCGACCUGAGCGUGAUCCGCUUCGGACGAGCCGCAGCCACCACGGCGGUGAUCAGCUACGACUAUCUGACGGCAUUCAAACAUGUGGACUACGACACAGAGGAGUACUGGGCUCUGAAGUCCAAGGUGCAUCGACGUUCAGCAGAGCGGCUUCGAGACUUGUGUUGCGCCAACCGGGGCACCUUCAUCAAAGUGGGCCAACACCUCGGUGCUUUGGACUAUCUGCUCCCUGAGGAGUACACUUCCACCUUGAAGGUGCUCCACAGCAGAGCUCCUCAGAGCACCAUGGAGGAGAUUCGGCGAGUCAUCAGAGAAGAUCUUGGAAAGGAGAUUUCUGAGUUAUUUGUUUCGUUUGAGGAGAAACCUCAGGGUGCAGCCUCUUUAGCGCAGGUCCACAAAGCAGUCCUGCAUGAUGGGAGAACGGUAGCCGUCAAGGUCCAGCACCCCAAAGUCCAACGACAAAGCUCCAAGGAUAUAAUGGUGAUUGAGGUGUUGGUGAAGGCAGUUCAUUGGCUCUUCCCAGACUUUGCCUUUAUGUGGUUGGUGGACGAAGCCAAGAAAAACAUGCCACUGGAGCUGGACUUCCUUAACGAGGGACACAAUGCUGAAAAGGUGGCUAACAUGCUGUCCCACUUCCCUUUUCUCAAGGUUCCCAUGAUUUGCUGGGAUCUCUCCACAAAGAGAAUCCUGACAAUGGAGUUUUUAGAAGGAGGGCAAGUCAACGACAGAGAAUACAUGAAGAAACAUUGCAUCAAUGUCAAUGAGAUCUCAGAAAACCUGGGUAAAAUGUACAGCGAAAUGAUCUUCGUCCAUGGCUUCGUCCACUGCGAUCCCCACCCGGGCAACGUCUUGGUCCGAAAAUGUCCCCUGAGCCAGAAGACAGAGAUUGUCCUGCUCGAUCACGGCCUGUAUCAGGUCUUGCAGCCAGAUUUCAGGAUGGACUACUGUCGACUGUGGAUGUCUCUGAUUAAAGGCGACAUGUCUGGAGUGGAGCGUUACAGCCGCAGACUGGGAGCUGGAGAUCUCUAUCCCCUUUUUGCUUGUGUGCUUACUGCUCGCUCCUGGAAUGCCGUAAACGCUGGAAUCGGUUCUGUUCCCGUCACACAUGCAGAGGACGUUGAGAUUCGGACCAAUGCCGCUCUCUACCUGCCUCAGAUCAGCGACCUGUUGAACAGAGUUCCUAGACAGAUGCUGUUGCUGCUGAAGACCAACGACCUGCUGAGGGGCAUCGAGACCACGUUACAAACCAGAGCUUCGUCCUCGUCCUUCAUCAACAUGUCUCGCUGCUGCAUACGUGCCGUUGCCAGGCACAAGAGGAGCCAUACUCAGUCUUGGAGGAGGUGCCUGCAGAUUACACUGGCCGAGUCUGUGAGUCUGUGGAAACUGUCAGUGUAUGAACUUCUUCUGUGGGUCAGAGGAUCUGUGAUGACUCGCUGGCUCUCUGCCCUGCUGGCGUUUCUGUACUAAGACACAUCUGGAACAGGGACAUCAUUAUCGUCAUUGGGCCAGGAUGCUGACACAGUCUGGCUUACAUGUCCCACUAAGCAAGUUUAAUAAAAACUUUUUCAUGCUGAAGCAUAACUGUACUUUUCAUCUUUAUCCUUCUACAAUGUUGGGAAAUAUUUAAGGUUCAAGUGUGAUAACGUGAAAACUAGUUUUGUUGUAGUUAUUUGUCAUGUAAAGUAUCAUUGAGAUAACCCACUACCCAAAACAAUGCAGUUGUGGGCACGUCUGUAUUUAAUCCAUCAGUGACUGAAUGAAAACUGAAAACUGUCUUAACCAGAAUGCAAACAGGUUGCUAAAAUACCAUUAAAGUGUUGGGAAAAGAGAGUCAUCAGUCCCAUCUUCCAUUCCCACUGUGGUAUGGAAGAUAAGCAGCUGCUGCCCUGAUGUUAGAAGUUUUAUCUAAAAUCUGUUUCACUCCGAGAUGUUCCUAGCUUGCGUGAUGCUCCUCUUAUUCCUGGUUCUCAACAAAAUACCUCAAAAUGUCUGUCACAUCAUUGUUUUGCACCUCACUUUGAGAGACAGAUCAUGUUUACUCCGUUUGUUUAGGUCAGAUCCUAUUCCUUCGUUCAAGCACCAUGAGUGUGCAUUUCUCUUGUUAUUGUUAACUGUGCGGAUUGGACCCAAAGUCAUCUUGGGUCCGUCAGUGUGGGAAUGACUGGGACAGCUCUGAACAUCUGCAGAUUGUUGCCUUUUCAUUUCCAGACUUGAGCUUGAAAUAAUAUUCCUGUCUGUU